CCCAAUUGACCAUCCUCGGCCAUGUCCAGCACAACAACUAUGGCGGCGAAUCAGUCUUCGGCGGUGAACCCGCAACUCGAGUCUCGGCUCGCCCAAGUCCCGUUGGAGAUUCUCCUGCGGAUCACCUCUCACAUCACGACACCCGAUCUCGGAAACGUACGACUGAGUUGCCGAGCGUUGGAGAGGAGUCUUUUUAACUCGUUCGCACACGAGUUCUUCCGCAAGAAGCAAUUCAUGGCUACCACAGACAGCCUCCAAGCUCUGAUCGACAUUUCCAAACAUCCCACUCUGUCCCCGGUCCUGAAGCAUGUUAUCCUAUCCGUCGACCGCCCUUUCAUUCCCUCAUAUCCCUUGUGGAAUCUUAGUAAUUCUGACAGGAAUAGCGAGGCGAGGGCCCGCUUGGAAUUGGCCAAAGCGGACCAAAUGCAUCUGCUGGUCACGGGCGGGCUUCGGGACAUGCUAGCCGAGGCAUUCGCUAAUCUUGCCAACCUGGAGAUUGUCGACAUCCGCGAUUUCAACUCUCCCAGCCGCAGUCGGGACGGACCAGGGACACAAUGGACAAGCUGGGGCGCCAAAACGCUCUCGAGGUUAGCCAACACCACGGUUCAACCUAGGCUGGAGGGGGACGACGACCCCUACACGAGUCAAAUAUUCGCCGCCGCCGUCGCUGGUCUCGCCGUUGCACAGGCCCGGCCAAAGAGUCUCGAGGUUCCCAUCAGGGGCAGAGGUUACGCUGCUCUCGCUCUUCACGACACCGCCUUCUAUAUCCCGCCACGAAUCGAGGGCCCGGUGUCGUCGCUUCUGGCCAAUCUCAAGACGCUCCACCUCACGCUCGACUUGACGCACCCAAAGAGAAUGAGGUUCUUCAUGCUGCAGCGAUUCUUAUCCCGCACCAUCAACCUGACUUGGCUGCGCCUCAACUUCACCUUAAAGUCCCAGCCUCAAGACCAGGAGGAGUUACUCUUGUGGCUGGCCCUCAAGGACUCGAAAACCCCCGUAGCCCCAUUCGACGCCGGCCCCAUCCAGCUCGCACAUCUGGAGCGCCUCGACCUGGGAACCGUCGUUCUGGAACCAAGAGUUAUCCUCGGCUUGGCUUCCAAGUUCGCGCCCACCCUGAGAUCGCUGUACCUGCGCCAGGUCAGCCUGCAGGAGUAUGAGAAUGCUAGAAGGAGGCCAGAGGACCUGGUCAACCCGUGGAAGCGGUGCUUGACCGAGCUGAGCAGAAUCCGAGGGCUGAGCCUGCGGGUGCUGGAUCUGAGCAGCAUCCUCGUUGGGUGGGACCGGCAGAGGUGCGGAGUGUCCUUCAAAGUUUCCGACGACUCUACCGCCCAGAAUUGGACGUGCUCCACCGACAAAAUAAGCUUGGAGAAGGCCGUCGCGAAAGCGAUCGAGGCCAUGGUUGUGGAAUGGCCGCGACAAUCGGAACUCCAGCCCAUGGAUGAAGACGACUCCGAGGGAGAAGAAGACGAGGACGACCAGGAGACAAGCGAUGAAGAAGAGGAGGGCGAGGACGAAGAGGACAACUAGACUCGGGCUCCUAGUCUGGUCUCUCCUUUCGUCCA